UGAAGUGUUUGUUGGGGGCCCAAGUUCAUGGCGGUUCAUCUCUGAGCGAAAGAUUUAUUUGAUUAUUAACCCCCCCUCUCAGAAAACAAGGCUGUAAAGCGAGACAUGUCACAUAUCGUUUGAUGCAUUGAGCGGCACUCUGUGUUGCCGGCGGAAGGACACUGAUGAGGGAAACGUUUCUGAGAGGCGAAGCGAUCGAUUGGUCUUAAAGCAUCAGAAUUAAAAAGCAAAUAAAAAUCACCGCCGUGUAAAAAUGUUGCACAGAGACGGCUACAAAACAAAAUGGAGGAUUUAGUGUCAAAACCCACCUCACUCGGCCCAGCAGUUCCAUUCAGACCACGUUGUGUCCUUGCCUUGGUUCCCGGACGCGAAACGCCUUUGAGGGGCGGGCGGACGAAGCGAGCGGCGGGCCUCAUUCGGGCCUAGUGACAUCUCGGCCUCGGAGCACACACCAUACCUCCCUAAAACCCACUAAUUAGAGCCCUCUUUCCAAAUGAUUGUUCAAAAAAUGUAAUUCAAAGCACUACUACAUUCAAUUUUCUCUAUAUUUCGAACCUAGUUUCCUAUGUACUUCUUAUUGGCGGCGUUCCAAAACUUCGUAAACGAGAAGGAGCUAUGAUAAUUUCAUCUAGAGAUCCAGAUAAUUUCCUAAAUCCAGAAAUAAGCUCACGUACUUAAUAUAUGUCAGCUUGAGAGAGAAGGUUUAUUUUCGGAUUUUCUUUAUAUUAUUUUGUUUCUGUCUUUCAAGUUUGCUUUCCCCAUCUUCGGUAAAGCCCCUGCCAUUUUUGGGACAGUGCUGUGUGAUUCAAAUGGCAUUCACAGCAAGAUGCAGUCUAUCAUUACAGCCAUGUAUUUAUAAUAGAAACAUGCAAUUAUCAAAUUGAGAAGGCUUCAGUCGAAAUUAACUGUAAACAUUUAUAAGUUUAUUAAUCACACCUAAUUUUUAUAUCUUAAGUCAUUCAGCUUUACCUGCUGUAUUUGAGUAUUGCAAACUAGAAAUGUCCUCUGACAGAAACAGUUGAAAUACGUUUUUUUAAAAAAAACUAUAGAGAAACUGCAUAGUCCUCCCGCAUCAAAAAGCAAAUAAUUAGGAGUGUAUUACAAGGUUGUCUGUUGCAUGUUGGUAAGUGAAUACCAUAUAAGUUAAGUGCUAGCAGGACAUGACAGGAAGAGAGGAUGAAACGACACCAUGUAUAUGAUCAUAUAUUUUCCAUACAGAGAAUAUUAAGCAGUUGAACAUGUUUUUUAAGACUGCAAAACUAUUAUGAAGGGUGGGUGGGGGGAAGAAAUUAGAUGACCCUUCUCGCACAAUUUGUGAGUAUGACCGAACCUCAGGAAUAUAUAAUCAUGAACACAGUCUAAGGGAUGUUAACCUUUCAGUAUAUAGUUUUUUUUUGUUUAAGUGAGGCAUUAGAAUUCAUCCAUUAUAGUUUACAUUAUUUCAUUGGACACUGUAAAGAUGAACACAGAUUUGCCUUGUAGGUUUAUGCUGUGACAGCAAAGACACUUUUUUUCUGGACAAUGUAAAAGACAAUAUAAAUUUUCAUAUCACAAAUCCAGCUUCACAUACCAAAAUUAUUGCAACCGCAUGAUUUUUAAAAAAUUGUUCUUUUUAUUGCCCAUCCCAGUAUAUGAACAUUUUUAUAAAAAUAAGAGUUCAAUAUUUUUCCCACAUAAUGUGCAUUCUUUCCCUUGGAAUAACUCUUAAGUAAGACUACUAAAUAAUGCCAAAUUAGAUAUUUUUGUACCGCAGGUACAAAUAGCCCUUAAAACCAGCGGAUAGAGAAAAGUUUCAUUAGGCUAGACGGGAGUUGAACCCAAGCUCCACAGGUGAAUGAAUAUAUGUAACUUUCCAGUUCCUGCUGCAAGUGCUUUUUAAAAAAAAUGCUGAGAAGAAGCAAGUAUUUUAAAUAUGAACAGAUCCAGUAUAAAGGACCAGAAGAACUAAAUCCUUAUGUGUUCUGCAAGUAAGUUUAAAUGCAGUCCAAGUGGUAUGUGAGCUGAAAAAGAAAAGUUGCUGGACAGAACCCUGAUGAGAAGAGCAGGAAGAAACAGUUGGCAUUAUCGGAAUUUGAUUAUCAUCAAUGAAGAAUAUCACAAAUGACAGACCCCAGCCUACCUGUGUAUUUAAAUUUGUGAAGAGGAAUGCAAUAAGGGACAGACUUGUAAAACUGCACCACAUGACCCUUAGGAAGAGAUGGCCAUCUUUUGGGAGCUCGCACGAAGGAACAUACAAGGUGUUAAUUUGAAGUCCAGCGAAUUUCGGGGACCAGCAAGGGGAACCAAUCCAUGUCACAAUAAUAACUGCUCACAAGUACAUUAACUUUAAUCUGGCAAUGGCAUGUGUGGUUAAUGAUAAAAUAGUUUCGCUGGCUGGACUCUUGCACAUGGAGUGCGGACCUGCGUGAGAAGGACAGCGGCAGGAGAUAAAAACCGGUGGCAGACACCUGUUUCAGCCUGUUUCUACCUGUCCGAGCCGAAGUGUAACAUCAAAGGAAAACAUGUAGGUGAUUGGUCCUGCUACCAUGAUCCAGGGAAGUGAGAGUCAACUUCAGUAAAGAAGCAGGCAAGGAGACAACGGAAAGGAGUGGCUGAUUCCAGUGAACUGAGCAGUCUAGUUAGGAUGAGGUCAACGUGGACUGGUUGUAUCCUCUGGCGUAACCUUAUACUUCCUUACAGAAUUCCUGCUCCAAAGACAUAAGGAAGUUUAAACUUUGCUGACUGAAAUGAUCUUAUCUUCUUCGUCUUGCCUCAGUCUUGCUCAAACAGUGUCUUCUUCAAUAAUUUAAUGUUCCUGUGCCUUCUCCUGAAGACUACUCCAAGCACAUACAUAAUUGGAAAAUAUGUUUUGAUGUAAUUUAUAUUGAAACUGUACAGCAUACUGUUUUCUGAAAGCAAUUCAAAGUGGUGUGAAAGUCAGAGCAUGUGCUGAAUGUGAUUUUCCAUUUUUGUCAAAAGUGGUGGGACCUACCAAUAGAAUGAUCAAAACUGAUCUGUUUUCCUUAUACCAUCACAAUUAAAAAGGGUAAAUAAUCUCAUAAGAGAACACAUUUGAUCCUGGACUUUGAAAGGAAAUUGAUCCUACAAAAAAUAAACUUAAAAGGAUUCUGUUAUGCAUAAAAAGUGCAAUUUACCUCUUAAAUGUAGAAUCCUUCCAUUUUUAUAUAUUCUCACAAUGUGUUGAUCAAACAGAAACUCUGCAUAAGAAAACCUCUGACAUGACCUUUUUAAGUAAACAAUGCUUUUGUAUAAAGCACUGCACUAUUUUUUUUGUGUGUGCAAAAAUGCCCAGAAUGCUCUGAUUGAAAGAUCACAAUAAAUAAGCUGAGGCUGGGGAAACCUCAAGUUAAAAACCUGAGUGUUCACAGAAGAAGGAAAUGAAAACAGUCUCUGCAAAAUGGCAGAAAUGCAGAGCUUAUUUCAACAUGACAUCCCUGCAGAUAGACAAGCUUUGAAGGAAAGCUACACAAAUCUCCAGAAAGUAGCUGAAUACUGUGAGAAUAACUACAUACAGUCUCAAGACAAGACAAAAGCUUUUGAGGAGACCAAGGCCUAUGCUGCCCAAUCUCUCGCAAGUGUAGCUAGUCAAAUCGACAGCUUGGCUGCGAAAGUACUGCAACUGCUGGAUCUACAGACCACUGAGCUCUCCAAAAUGGAGUCUUCCAUUAACUUCAUAUCUCAGAAAGUGGAGAUGCACAAGGAGAAAGUGGCUCGGCGAGAGAUUGGAGCAUUUGCUGUUCCUAAAACCACACCAAGGGUUGCCAAAAUCAUACCUCCAACAAACCCUGUGCAACGAGAAAAGUACACCAGGAAACCCAUUGUUUUUACAAUCCUAGAUGAUACUGGACAUGGAGUGAAGGAAGUUAGUAAUGUAAGGGUUGGAACAUUAUCACGAAGGUAUGGACAAAUGAGUAUGAAAGCUGCAUCAUCACAAGGAACUUUAGGAAGAAGUGCCAAGACACCAAGACCUGUUCAACCUCCUGUUAUCCCAAAUGCAUAUAGCAGUCCUGUGACUAACUCUCCACCAACAGAUGGGCCUCCAAAACUUAAUGAUAUUAGUAGAAACAGAAAUAGCUACGGAGCUGAGAAUAUGACGAUGCCUGUGACUGUACCUGUACCGAUGCCUCCUCCACCACCACCACCACCACCACCAGUGGCAUGUGAACCAGAUGGAAAUGGCCUCCCAGACUCACCACCCCCACCUCCAAUGGAACUGCCUCCACCUCCAGCUCCUCCUCCGCAAAUUUCCAAUGAGGUCUGUCUCCCUCCUCCUCCCCCGUUGAUGUCUGACCCUCCUUUAUUAGUCACUGAUUGCCCACCCCCACCUCCUCCUCCUGACUUUAUGCUUGAUCUUGAUGAAUUGUCCCCACCACCACCACCUCCUAUAGAUUACUUAGAUGAACCUCAGUGGAUACCAGCUAACUACAUUGAAAAAGUUGUUGCACUGUACGCUUACAAUAAACAUAGUGAUGAUGAUUUGGCCUUCGAAGAAGGAGAAAUCAUCUAUGUCAUCACCAAGAAUGAAAACGGCUGGUAUGAAGGCAUGAUCAAUGGAGCUACGGGUUACUUUCCUUCAAAUUAUGUAAAGCGCCUGGAUUAAGACAGCAGAAUACAGAAAGGACCUUACAUGUUCAUAGAGCCACAAGCGAUGGUCAGAUUAGUCAUGUACAAAGUGGUAAUGUUCAUUUGAAAGCAGUUUUUUUGUUUAGCAAUAAACAUCUCUAGAAGGGGCAUUAAUGAUAUUCUAUUCUGUGGGCACUGUUGGUGUUUCUCAAACCUUGAAAUAGACUGAAAAUGGAACUACCAGGCAAAUGAGGGAGCCACUUUACCCAUUGAAGCUUGACCAUCUGUUUAUCCCCCUAGCAUUUGAAACACAAGGGAUAUCAUGUCUAACUGGCUGAAAGCAAUUGUAAACCCUAGCCCUACAGCAACCGAGAAUAACUAGAAUAUAGGGCUGAGCCAUCCAUAAAGUUUCACAGAGCUUAUGAAAAGCAAACAGAAACUGUCAGGGGUGUAAUCUCCCCUGUUAAUUAUGUGGGCAGAAUCUUACCAAGGUAGCUUUGAUCAAGAGGAAGGUCAGACCAGAGGGCAUUAGGUUGGUGGGCCAACGAUUUCCAACCCCCUGCUGAUCUUGCCAGAUGCAGGGUGGAAAGGGCUACAUGCACAGCAUUGGGGGUUGUCAGUUUGAAUCUCUAAGUGCCCGAUUGCGGAGAGACUUGGGAAAGUGCCGCCAUCUUCCUGGUAUUGGCCAGCACCCCAGCUGAGGCCAAAGCCUGGCAGGUGCCUAAAGGUAGUUUGCUGAUGGUUGACUGUGGUGAUUUGUGAGACCUCCAACAUUGCGCCCCUUCCCCUCU